AAACAACAAACCAGAGCGAGAGAGAGAAAGGGAAACCCCCCCUCAAAAGAAGCUAAUAUUUGCAAUUUCGCCGCAAAGUUUUGCAUAUCUGAACAUUUAACACCCUCAAAUUUGAGUUAGACAAGAAGACAACCAUGUGUGGAGGAGCUAUAAUCUCCGAUUUCAUCCCUCCGCGGAGCUCCCGCCGCGUCACCAGCGAGUUUCUCUGGCCGCGGGAUCUGAAGAAGAAGAACAAGGGGAAGAAAGCUUCAAAGAAGAAGCGAUCCGAUUUCUUCGAUCUGGACGAUGAAUUCGAGGCUGAUUUUCAAGGUUUUGAGGAUGAUGAUGACUGCGAAGACGAUUUCGAUGAUGAUGAUGAUGAUGAUGAUGAUGAUGAUGAUAUCUUCGCUAAAGUGAAGCCCUUUGUCUUCACCGCGACCACCAAGCCCGUACCUUUCCCUCCCAACGCCACUGGUUCAGUGUCUGGCAAGAAGACCAUAGAGUCCGGUGGGCAAGCUGAGAAGUGUGCUAAGAGGAAGAGAAAGAAUCAGUACAGGGGGAUUAGGCAGCGACCAUGGGGAAAAUGGGCUGCUGAGAUCCGUGAUCCCAGGAAAGGCUCCCGGGAAUGGCUUGGAACAUUCGACACCGCUGAGGAAGCAGCAAGAGCCUAUGAUGCAGCUGCACGCAGAAUCCGCGGCAGUAAAGCUAAGGUGAAUUUCCCAGAGGAGAACAACAACAACAACCCCACAGUCUCCCAGAAACGCCCUUCUGCUAAGAAGCCUGUGGCUAAACCAAACCAAACUCCAGCUUUGGUUCAGCAGCCAGUGAGUCAGUACCGCAACAACUCCUUUGGUGAUGUGUGUUUUAUGGAAGAGAAGCCUCAGAUGUACAACAACCAGUACUUCAGUUCUGAUCAGGGGAGUAACUCAUUUGACUGCUCUGAGUUUGGGUUGAGCGAUCACAACGGCCCCAAGACACCUGAGAUCUCUUCAGUGGUUGUCAGUAAUCACCAAGCUCCUUUCACUGAAGAAACCAAUGCAGCCAAGAAGCUCAAACUCAGCUCUCAUGACGGGACAAGCUGCAAUGAUCAGUCUGAUGAUCUGAUGGCAUACCUUGACAAUGCGUUGUGGGAAUCUCCAUCUUCAUUAGAAGUGGAAGCCAUGCUGGGUGUAGAUGCUGCCGGUGCGACUCAGGGAGAGGAGAACCCUAUGGACCUAUGGAGCUUAGAUGAUAUCAAUUACAUGCUGGAAGGAGUCUUCUGAAGUUCUUGAUGGUUGCCGAGUUUGUAAAUAAAGCUAUGUAUGUGUGUGUUGGUGAGUUUCGAGGCUAUUGUGGAUUCAGUUGUUAAGAUAAACAGCCUUAACUUUGGUUUCUUAAUCAUACAAUCUUGUUUUUGGUU